UCUCUCUGCGGUCCAGUGGAUACGGGUCCCAUGUCUUGUCACCUGCGUCAUUUCUUGAUUCAUAUCGCUAGCGCAGCUAAAUAGACGUCAUAUAAACCCGGACUUCUCGUUCCAGCGCAGCCAGAAUUAACGGCAGGGACAAGUUAUUAUAUUAGCUGAGGUUACGCUAGAGACACACACGAUGUCUGCACCACGAAGAUCUGUGGAGGAGUCCUUGUACAGGAUCCCUCCCUACUACUAUAUCCACUGCUUGGACCAGAACACCAACGUCACACGGCUGGAGAUUGGGCCAAAGACGUACAUCAGACAGGACAAUGAGAGGGUUGUCCUCGGCCCCGAGAAGAUGUUGGUGGUGCCCCCUCGCCACUACUGCGUCGUUGAGAACCCCGUCGUCCGCAACAAGGACGACCACAUCGUGUGCAAUGAGAGUGGUCAGGCCAAGCUGUUCCACGCUGAUCAGGAGAUCCGCUUGGCUCAAGACCCCUUUCCUCUGUACCCUGGGGAGGUGCUCAAACAGCCUGUCACUCCGCUGAAAGUAGUACCUGCCAACUCAGCGCUUCGUCUCCGGUCAAUCCUGGACUUUGAGGAUGAGACUGGGGAGAAGAGGACUGCAGGGGACGAGUGGUUAUUUGAGGGACCAGGCACAUACAUCCCACGUAAGGAGGUAGUAGUAGAGGAGACGAUCAGGGCCACCGUCAUCAAGCCAAAUCAAGCUAUCCGGCUGCGGGCUCGCAAAGAGUGCCUGGACCGUGACGGCAGUGCCCGGGUCACAGGGGAGGAAUGGCUGGUCAAGAAGACUGGAGCUUACCUGCCUGGAGCAUACGAGGAAGUUGUCGAUAUUGUCAAUGCUUAUGUUCUCACCGAAAAGAAAGCACUUCACAUGCGUUCACUGAAGACUUUCAAGGAUGACUUCAGCAUUGUGAGAAAGAAUGGAGAGGAAUGGUUGAUCACAAUGACGGACACCGAGACCCACAUCCCGGGGGUGUACGAGGAGGUUGUGGGAGUAGUGAACAUCACCACUCUAACUAACCGUCAGUACUGUGUGAUUCUCGACCCCGCCGACGAGAGUGGCAGACCACAGCUGGGGAGGAAGAAGCUUAUCAAGGGAGAGAAGUCCUUCUUCUUGUUGCCCGGUGAGCGGCUUGAGAAGGGAAUUCAGAAUGUGUACAUCCUGGGAGAAGACGAGGGUCUCAUCCUCAGGGCUAAUGAAUGCUUCAAGGACAAGGAUGGAGGAGACGAGCGUAACCCUGGAGAUCGAUGGAUGAUCCGAGGACCCACCGAGUAUGUUCCCCCCGUGGAGGUGGAGGUGGUGAUGAAACGUCAGGCGAUCCCACUGGACGAGAAUGAGGGGAUAUAUGUCCGAGACAUCAAGAAUGGCAAGGUGCGUGCCAUCACUGGGGAGACCUACAUGUUGAACCAGGAUGAGGAACUCUGGGAGAAGACACUUGCCCCUAUUGUAGAGAAUCUCCUCGCGAUUGGUAAGGACCCUCUCGCUGACCGUAGUGACCGGGGACGUGACGUCGCGGCUAAGCCACGUGACAAGACACGUGUCGUCACCUUCAGAGUCCCCCACAAUGCAGCAGUCCAGAUCUAUGACUACAAGGACAAGAAGGCCAGGGUUGUGUUUGGACCUGAGCUGGUGAUGUUGGGCCCUGACGAACAAUUCACACAGCUCAGUCUGUCUGGCGGCAAGCCCAAGAAACCCAAUGUCAUCAAGAGUUUGUGCUUGCUUCUCGGGCCUGACUUCUGCACUGAUAUCAUCGUCGUGGAAACCGCCGACCACGCCCGUCUGUCACUGCAGCUAUCAUACAACUGGCAUUUUGAAGUGCUUGAGAAGUCGGAAGGGGAGGCGGCUAAACUGUUCAGUGUCCCAGACUUCACAGGAGAUGCUUGUAAGGCCAUUGCUUCCCGGGUCCGAGGGGCGGUCGCCCAGGUCCAGUUCGAUGAUUUCCACAAAAACUCUGCCAAGAUCAUCCGUGCAUCUGUGUUUGGUAUUGACGACAAGAGCAAGGUGAGGGAGAAGUUCACCUUCCCCCAGAACAACCUUCACAUCACCAGCAUUGACAUCCAGUCUGUGGAGCCGGUCGACCAGCGCACACGGGAUUCUCUCAUGAAGUCCGUGCAGCUGGCCAUUGAAAUCACCACCAACUCCCAGGAAGCUGCUGCCAGACAUGAGGCUGAGCGUCUGGAGCAAGAGGCCAAGGGUCGCCUGGAGCGUCAGAAGAUCAGCGAUGAGGCCGAGGCUGAGAGGUCCCGCAAGGAGUUGCUGGAGCUGCAGGCCAACAGCGCUGCUGUGGAGAGCACCGGGCAGGCCAAGGCAGAGGCUCAGUCCCGGGCUGAGGCAGCCAAGAUCGAGGGAGAGGCUGCUGUAGAGCAGGCUAAGCUGAAGGCACAAGCCAUGAAGAUUGAAGCUGAGUCCGAGCUGGAGCGUCUCACCCAGGCACGUGAUGCUGAACUGAGGUACGUCAAGGAACAGAAUGAUCUUGAACUUGAUAAAUCCCGCGAGGUCUCUUCCAUUGAGACCCAGAAGUUCAAGGAAAUGGUCAGUGCAGUGGGGGCAGACACUCUGCGCACGAUGGCUUCCGCUGGGCCGGAGUUGCAGGUGAAGCUGCUGCAGUCUCUGGGACUCAAGUCCACACUGAUCACUGAUGGCAGCAGCCCCAUCAACCUGUUCAACACCGCCAACGGCCUCAUCGGUGGAAUGGUGCCGUACAAGAAGCGCAAGACUGGAGAGAGUGAUGAAGAAGAUGAAGCAUAAAGAGAGCAUUUUGAUUGGUUAGGUGUAACAGAAACGAAAUGAUUGGUCGAAUGAUGUUGGCGCUGACAUUUGUAUUUUCUUGUGUUUUCCAUUGUUUGAGUAUCAGUGUGAUGUCAUUAAGAAUGUCAGUGUUGCUGUGUGGAGCCUGUAGCAAUGACAUGACCCACAGUAGGACCAUAGACUUGAUUGGAAUUCAGUAUGGAAUAUUAAUCCUUUACCGACUGACCUAUCAUUUCUAACAGACCAAAUCACGCUAUUGUUUAUUUUGUUGAAAAACAUGCAUAUGCUCAAUGAAAUAGACUAUCAUGACACACAGUACCUGUCACGUGUUCAGCGAAAUAGACUAUCAUGACACAAGUUCCUGUCACGUGUUCAGCGAAAUAGACUAUCAUGACACAAGUUCCUGUCACGUGUUCAGCGGAAUACUGUCACGCUAUGAUUACACUCUCAUGAGUGAUUUCCUAUGUUAAGUGCUGUGUCAUUGUCAAAAUUGUUUCAUUUUGUGACAGAAAUUGUUUACGUUGACAUUUUUGUGUUGAGAAUUCUUUCAAUUUCGUUCUGUUUGCACCCAUCGCAGACAAUAAGCAAACAAACUGUGAUACAACAUGAAAAUGUGCCUGUAUGAGAGUGUGAAGGGGAGAAGACUGCUUAACAUUUUUCACAAGAUUGCAAUAUGAUGUAGAUUUGAUUUUGUUGUGUAGAACCAGCAUAAUAUAGUAUCAAUCCUGUUUUGUUCAUGUAUGUGUAUCAAGUACCACAGGUUUGUUAGGUCUAUGCUUUUGUUGUGUCUCCAUGAGAAACUGUACAGUACAACUCUUUGUAUGAUACAUACUGUGUGGUUUAUUUACACAAAAGUAUUGUUACUUAACGAAAUAAAGCAUCACAUCAUUGA